UCAAGUCUGAAUUCUGAGUUUUCGCUUUCCUGCUUUUGGGACGUUUUGUUUUAAGCAGAAUUAAAAAAUGGUAGCAAUGGAAGUUGAUCAAUCUGAUGAAGAGUACCUGGUAAAUCGGGCUAAAGAAGAACUUAAGAGAGAUCCACACGCAGCGCGAGCAUGGAUGUUAACAGCCAAAAGUCUGUUUCCAAACAACUUCAGUGUCCAGUUUGAGGUCUACAACAUCGAGAAAGCCUUGAAGCAUGUAAAAGAAGCUGCACUUUGCUUCAGCACAUUAUUCCAGAAAUUCGGUCAAGAGCCUGUCAUCUGGCAAGAAGUCCAAGCUCUCACGAAGCCCAACAACAACAAUCCGGAAGCUGCAUUUUUGCAGGAAAUGUUUUCACACAUUCCACAAGAGGUUCAGCAAAGUGUGCUUGUGGCAACAGCUGAUAGGACAGAAGACACUAUGGAACAGUGUAGGAUUCUGCUUUUGCUGCUGAAAAAGUUCCCUCUCACAGCACCCCAUCAUGCGCCCAAUUUAGUGGAACUGCUUUUGGCAGCAGAGAGGCAUGAUAAUUCUGGCUUCCUUAAUUCUUAUCAGAAAUUCCUGGUGGUUCAGGUCCUUCCCAUCAUCGGAGAAAACAAUAGCAUCGUUCUAUUGCCAAAGUACAUCUUCAAACUCCUUCACAAAGCCAUAGAUUUGUACUGCAACCUGUUGCUGCAUCCCAACAAGGAUCACAUUUUAACUGAGGAAGAAAGAGAGGUUGCUGUAGCUGAUCCCUGGGUAGGACUGUUUUCAGUGCAGGAAUCGCUGGGAGCCAAACUUGGCUGGACCUUAAGCUCUCCGUCACCAUUAGGAAGCAACAAAGAGGUCUACUUCCAUAAGCUGAUGCACAUGUCAACCACUCGGUCUUUGAACGCAAGUCAAAUCAAGGAGCUGGUUUACUGCAGCACAACCUUCCUCCUCUUGUGUCUGCAUGAAUACUCAACGUUUCUAUCUACCACCACAGGCUCAAAUGGUGCGACGCAAGAGGUGCCACUGUUGCUGGUAGAAGCCUUCCUGAGUGAAACUCGCGAAACUGGUCCCAUUGCUGCCAAGAGGCCUCGAGUGAGGUCGACAGAGGAGGAGUUGCUUUCACUACCAACCAUCACGGUCAGUCCCAGUGGAUCUGCCAGUGCCAAACAGUCCUUAGUUCAAACCUUCUGGCUGGCAGUCAAAACUUGGGACCUACUGAAAUCCAAUGAAACCUUUCACAGAGAAUUUGUGCACCUAAAACAACAGCUGCAUCUGGAUGAUGGGCCGUGGCUAUUUACAUUCUUGCAGGACAAAGCUCUGCUACGAGGCCUGCCAUACCCUGACGAAGAGUUCCCCUCGUCGCCGCCCAUCGCGCCCUUGCCGAACAUGCUGCGUCUGGCAAGCUCUGCUUACAUCAUGCGCAAUUAUUUGAAAGCUAGUGAGUUCGCGAUUAAUGCGGUCAACUUCCUGCCUUCCGGUCCCUCUGGCCAACUGUCGACUGGUCUGCGCGCCCCGAGUCCGUCCAGACGGCACCUCCAUUACCUGGCUCUGAUCAAAGUCGAAGUGCUGCAAUACUGCUCCAAGCUUCUUACGCAUUGCUUACAGGAAAUGUUAGGCAGCCCAGCAGGCGACGCAGCUUUGGGACACAGUCUGGUGCUGCUCCAGCUUGAUUGGCCGCAGGAAGAGGAGCUAGCCACGAGCCUACUGAAGCAGGUGACCGUGAUGCGGCGAUUCAGCUAUCCACUCUUCACCAGAUACAUCAUCAACGUCGACCUCUUGGAGGAAUUCACUUACCUCGCCUCCGAACAGGGUGGUUCUGUAGCCUUGGACAUUCUUCCCACUGCCACGACUCAGCUCCCUAGGAGAAUGGCAACCAGAGGAGUGGACAAGGGAGCGAAGGAGGACUUCAGACUUGCAAUGAAGAGACAAGUCGCUCGAAGCUCAGAGAACAUUCAAAGUUUGGUGCAACAGUUUUUAAUCAAUGAGAGAGCGGCAGUUUUACAGACUGUGUCAGGAAAUUUGAUGUGAGUCGACUCAACUUGUUGUUUUUCAAGUAUAACUUCUUGUUUAUUAACCACAA